AUGGCGGCAGGAACGGGCAAACACAAGCUGCUGAGUACUGGCCCCACAGAGCCAUGGUCCAUACGUGAGAAGCUGUGUUUGGCAUCUUCUGUUAUGAGGAGUGGAGAUCAAAACUGGGUAUCAGUUAGCAGAGCAAUCAAGCCCUUUGCAGAACCUGGCCGCCCUCCAGACUGGUUUUCUCAAAAACAUUGUGCUUCCCAGUACUCAGAGCUGCUAGAGACUACGGAGACCCCCAAACGGAAACGAGGUGAAAAGGGGGAAGUGGUGGAAACUGUUGAAGAUGUCAUUGUUCGAAAACUGACUGCUGAACGAGUUGAGGAACUAAAGAAAGUGAUAAAGGAAACCCAAGAAAAAUAUAGACGGCUAAAAAGAGAUGCAGAAUUAAUUCAAGCUGGACACAUGGACAGCAGACUGGAUGAGCUUUGCAAUGACAUUGCAAUGAAAAAGAAAUUGGAGGAGGAAGAGGCUGAAGUGAAGAGGAAGGCUACAGAUGCUGCAUAUCAGGCUCGUCAAGCAGUAAAAACACCCCCUCGGAGGUUACCAACUGUGAUGGUCCGAUCUCCUAUAGGUUCUGCCUCCCCAGGAGGUGAUUAUCCACUUGGGGACUUGACUUCAGCCACUAUGGAAGAGGCCACCUCUGGUGUCAGUGAGAAUGAAAUGGCUGUGACUUCCGGCCACCUGAACAGUACAGGUGUCCUCCUGGAGGUAGGCGGGGUCCUUCCCGUGAUACAUGGUGGGGAGAUACAGCAAACACCUAACACGGUUGCAGCCUCUCCUGCUGCCUCAGGUGCUCCUACUCUUUCCCGGCUUUUAGAAGCUGGUCCUACACAGUUCACCACACCUCUUGCUUCCUUCACUACUGUUGCCAGUGAGCCUCCAGUUAAACUUGUGCCACCCCCUGUAGAGUCUGUGUCCCAGGCUACCAUUGUCAUGAUGCCUGCGCUGCCAGCACCAUCCUCUGCUCCAGCUGUCUCCACUCCUGAGAGUAUAGCUCCAGUGAGUCAGCCUGACACGUGUAUUCCUAUGGAAGCUGUGGGGGAUCCACAUACUGUGACUGUUUCCAUGGAUAGCAAUGAGAUCUCCAUGAUCAUCAAUUCUAUCAAAGAAGAGUGUUUCCGAUCAGGGGUAGCAGAGGCCCCUGGAGGAUCAAAGGCUCCCAGCAUUGAUGGGAAGGAAGACUUAGAUCUGGCUGAGAAGAUGGAUAUUGCUGUGUCUUACACAGGAGAAGAGCUGGACUUUGAGACUGUUGGAGACAUCAUUGCCAUCAUUGAGGACAAGGUAGAUGAUCAUCCUGAAGUGCUGGAUGUAGCAGCCGUGGAAGCAGCACUGUCAUUCUGUGAAGAGAACGAUGAUCCCCAGUCCCUACCUGGACCCUGGGAGCACCCUAUCCAACAGGAGCGGGACAAACCAGUACCUCUCCCUGCACCAGAGAUGACGGUCAAGCAAGAGAGGCUGGACUUUGAGGAAACAGAAAAUAAGGGAAUCCAUGAACUGGUCGACAUCAGGGAGCCCAGUGUUGAGAUCAAGGUGGAGCCUACAGAACCAGACCAAGGCAUUUCAGGGGCUGAAAUAGUAGCUGGAGUUGUUCCAGCCACAAGUAUGGAGCCACCAGAACUUAGGAGUCAGGAUUUAGACGAGGAUCCUAGAAGUACUGCAACUGGAGAGAUUGCCGAAGGAGAUGUUUCCAGUGGGAAAGGCGAUGAGACCUCACUUACAACAGUGAAGACAGAGGCAUCUCCUGAAAGCAUGUUGUCUCCAUCACAUGGCUCAAAUCCCAUUGAAGAUCCUUUAGAGGCAGAGACUCAGCACAAGUUUGAAAUGUCAGACUCAUUGAAAGAAGAAUCAGGGGCUAUUUUUGGAAGCCAGAUAAAGGAUGCCUCAGGUGAGGAUGAGGAAGAAGAUGGAGUCAGUGAAGCAGCCAGCCUAGAGGAGCCUAAGGAAGAAGAUCAAGGGGAAGGCUAUUUGUCAGAAAUGGAUAAUGAACCUCCCGUGAGUGAAAGUGAUGAUGGCUUUAGCAUCCACAAUGCUACGCUGCAGUCCCACACGCUGGCUGACUCCAUCCCCAGCAGCCCUGCUUCUUCACAGUUCUCUGUCUGUAGUGAGGAUCAGGAAGCCAUACAGGCACAGAAAAUCUGGAAGAAAGCCAUCAUGCUUGUGUGGAGAGCUGCAGCUAAUCAUAGGUAUGCCAAUGUCUUCCUGCAGCCUGUAACAGAUGACAUAGCACCUGGCUACCACAGCAUUGUGCAGAGGCCUAUGGAUUUGUCAACUAUUAAGAAAAACAUUGAAAAUGGACUGAUCCGCAGCACAGCUGAGUUUCAGCGUGACAUCAUGCUGAUGUUCCAGAAUGCUGUGAUGUAUAAUAGCUCAGAUCAUGAUGUCUAUCACAUGGCAGUAGAGAUGCAGCGAGAUGUCUUGGAGCAGAUCCAGCAAUUUCUGGCCACACAGUUGAUUAUGCAGACAUCUGAAUCUGGGAUCAGUGCUAAAAGUCUUCGAGGGAGAGAUUCUACCCGUAAACAGGAUUCUUCAGAGAAGGACAGUGUCCCCAUGGGCUCUCCUGCCUUCCUUCUCUCUCUCUUUAUGGGUCAUGAGUGGGUUUGGUUGAAUUCUGAACAAGAUUAUCCCAGUGACUCUGAGUUGAGCAACGACUGCAGGUCCCUCUUCAGUUCAUGGGACUCCAGUUUGGAUCUGGAUGUGGGCAGCUGGAGGGAAACUGAGGAGCCAGGGGCUGAGGAACUAGAGGAAAGCAGCCCGGGCAGAGAACCUAGUGAGCCUCUUGGGGAUGGAAGCAGUGAGGAAUCUCAGGAAGAGGCAGAGCAAGUCAGCUGCCAGAACCUCCUUCACUUUCUUUCUGAGGUAGCUUAUUUAAUGGAGCCAUUGUGCAUCAGUACCAAAGAAUCAAGUGAGGGCUGCUCCUCUUCAUCUGGUAUCAGGCAAUUAAAAGGAAAGGAAGUUGAAGCUAUUGAAGGAAAAGGAGAGCCCUGCAGAGAGACUGAAGAGCUUUCAGCCAAGGUAGACCCCUUGGUAGCUGAGAAGCCAGUGGGAGAAAAUGGAAAAGAAGACGUAGCCCCAGUUCUCUCAGAUAUUUGUGCAGUUCAGAGACCAUCCACAGAGAAUGAAGAGGGGGAGGUUCAGCAAGAAUCCAAAGAGGAAGACCAACGUGAAGGGUAUGUGUUAGAGGUGGAAGACCAGCCCCCCUCAGGUGAGUGUGACGAUGGCUUCAGCAUUCAGGAGACACCCUUGGUGGAUAUCCUUUUCAGCCAUGCCACCUCUUCAAAGCUGUCUGACUUAGGCCAGGAUGAUCCUGUUCAGGAUCAUUUACUAUUUAAGAAGACUCUCCUGCCAGUCUGGAAGAUGAUUGCCAGUCACAGGUUCAGCAGUCCAUUUCUGAAGCCUGUGUCAGAUAGGCAGGCCCCAGGAUACAAGGAUGUGGUAAAAAGACCCAUGGACUUAACUAGCUUGAAGAGGAAUCUGUCUAAGGGACGGAUUCGCACCAUGGCCCAAUUUCAGCGGGACGUGAUGCUGAUGUUCCAAAAUGCUGUGAUGUACAAUGACUCUGACCAUCAUGUGUACCACAUGGCUGUGGAGAUGCAGCGAGAAGUCUUGGAACAGAUUCAGGUGCUGAAUAUUUGGUUAGAUAAAAGAAGAGAUUUAAGUAGUCUGGAAUGA